AUGCGCUUCUCACGUCUCCUCUCACUCUUGCCUCUGGAAGCUGCGGUGGUCCUCCCGAGGGAUGACGCCGUAACCUACGAUGGCUACAGAGUAUACCGUAUCCAAACCAACGGCGACCACGACAAUGUUAUCAGCAAGCUGUCGGCACUUUCCUACGAGCAAUGGAACUACCGCGCUGCUGAGCACGUUGACAUUUCCUUGUCCAAGGAAGAUGCUGAAAAGUUCGAAGCCCUGGGUCUCGACUAUAAAGUCAAGCGACAGAAUGGUGCUCUGCCCUCGGACUCUUGGUUCAACUCAUAUCACUCGUACGCCGACCAUAUCCAAUACUGGCGAGACUUGAACGCGGCUUUCCCAAGCAAUUCCGAGUGGUUCGUGGCUGGCCAGUCCUACGAGAAGAGGGACAUCUUUGGAUUGAAGUUGUUUGGCAAUGACACCAGCUCCACUAAGCCUGCUGUUGUCUGGCAUAGCACCGUCCAUGCCCGUGAAUGGAUUACUACAAUGACCGUGGAGUACAUUGCGUACAACAUGAUCAAGGGUUAUCAAGCCAAUGAGACGGACUUUGCUACGAUUCCCAAUGAGUAUGAUGUUUACAUCUUGCCAGUUGUGAAUCCUGAUGGCUUCUCGUUCUCGCAGACCAAUGAUCGCCUCUGGCGCAAGAACCGCUCCCCUGCACCACUCCUAGGCGGCCUGAAGCUCUGCUACGGCACAGACAUCAACCGCAACUGGCCAUACCAAUGGACCGGCGACCCACGAGGCUCCUCACCAAACCCCUGCGACCAGACCUACCGCGGCCGUGCCGCCGGCGACACUCCAGAGAACAAAGCCCUCGUAGCACAAAUGACCGCAGUCUCAGCGAAGCAGCCUCUCGCGCAAUACCUCGACUUCCACUCCUACGGCCAAUACAUCCUCUCGCCAUACGGCUACACCGCAAACGUCCCCGCAAACUCGGCUGCGCAGGUUGAUCUAGGCAGCAAGGCGGCUGCUGCGAUUGCGAGUGUUUAUGGCACGCCAUUCACGGUCGGUCUAAGUGGUGCUACGCUGUAUCCUACUGCUGGAAGCAGUGCGGAUUUUGCUACUGAUAUUGCUGGGGCGGAAUAUGCUUAUGCUUUCGAGCUAAGGGAUAAGGGUGAGAAUGGGUUUGUGUUGCCACCGGAUCAGAUUAGGCCGGUUGGUGAGGAGAUGUUGGAGGGUGUGAAGGUUAUGUUUUUGCAGAUGUGA